UUUAAUUGUUUACAUUGUCAGCGACUAUAUAGCGCCAAAAGAAUUAAAGAUGUUUCUUAAGCGAAAAGUGCAGAGGAAAAAGUGUGCGCCAUUUAAAGAUAUUUAACACUUGGAUAAUUGCCCGGAUAUUUUUUGAUGAAGCCAUGAAUGUCUCAGGCCACCGGGUUGUGACGAACGAGGAGCUCCUUGAGCGGUUGAACGGGGAGAUGAGGCACGCGGUGGCUCCCGUUACCGUGUUUGUGGGGGUUGAGAUACUACUGGGGUUUGUAGGAAACCUGGUUGUGUUGGGUGUAUUCUUUUUCCGAUAUCAUCACUGCAACUUCCGGUACUUCGUUCUGUGCCUGGCGGUCUUUGACUUUAUCAGCACGCUGACCACGAUGCCUGGGGAGAUUCUCACGCAGCAGUACUGGUACAAGUACCCGUUUCCCAUCGUCUGCAAGGUCAAGUCCUUCUUCAACGUGUUCACGGUAUCCGGAGAAGCCCUAUGUUUGUGUACCAUCGCCGUCGAACGUUACCGGAAAGUGUGUGCGCCCUUCGGAUGGCAGAUCAAGCACAAGUAUGCGCUCUUGUGGAUUGUAGUGAUAUUCGUAGUCGCCUUUGUACUCGCUUUUCCGGUUUUCUUUCUCUGGGGUGCCACUUCUCACACUAAACAAUACGGUGGACGGUAUGUAACUGUUACACUAUGCGAAAAAGAUGCCCGGUUCUCAGAGUCUAAUACGCCUAUGGCGUACGUAACAACAGUAGAAGCAAUUAUUGCAGUGUGCUUAGUUAUUAUGAUGUGUCUAUAUGUAUUUGUUGCAAAGAAGCUCAUCAAGCUUCGUAAGAAAGCCCAGUACCAUUGUAAAAGUAGAUCACAUUCUGCAUUGAACAUGAACGAGGCUGGGAUGGUCAACAAUCUCAUCUCUUUGAACAACGGCGAUGUGCCGACUGUUUCUAAUGUCAGAGCUCCGCAAAUAACGCAAACAAUUGACACAUAUGAUGAAACUGACGGUGGUGAGUCAGAAUUUUAUGACGUUGAAAGUUGUCAACAAGACCGGGUAACUUCUUGGAAUGGAAUUGAACGUUCGUCACGGCGAAAACGUCGGGAAAAGGCUGAACGCGUACGGACGAAAACUGUCAUCAUGUUUAUAUUGACCAUCGUGUUUAUGUUCACCAUCAUUAUGUACUUUACCUUGUUGACAAUGAUUACAAGGUCGGAAGACAUCCUACGGACAAUGACGGACAGUCAAAAGACGGUGUACUUUUUCUUUCUGAGACUUGUGUUUAUAAAUCACGUGAUUAACCCUUUUGUGUACGGCUGUCUGGAUCCGCAGUUUAAACGAAUCUUAAAAAGUUGGUGUUGUAAAUGAAAAUGACAUGUUGAAUUUGUUUAUAAACAAAAAUGAGAUAAACUACUUAUAUCUCGAAGAACUCAAAUAUAAGAAAUAUUGAAACUAUUCCAAAGAGAGCACAUAAGUCUACGUCUUGUGGUUGUGAAUGUACUUUGUGCUUGAUUAUUAAUGAAAAGUUAUGUCGAAUCAUUGAAUAAGAAAUCAUUACAUACACAUAGCAGAAACUAUUUAUGACCAAUUCAAAAAGAAGAGGAUGAAAGUGGUCGAUGUCGCUGGCUCGAUUUACUCUUUGGCUCGAGCUCGAUGUAAAGGACGGAUCCUAGUUUACUCUGUGUAAGCAUUCCUGCUUGACUCGAUAUUUGCGAGACUUGAAGUAUUGUGGCCGGUCUUUGGGAUAUCGUGCCUAUGGGUUGACUGAAGUUAUAUAGGUAGGUGUCCAUCUCACACCAAAGAGGUUGUUGAGUAUCUACCACGCAUACUUUACCACGGAAACGAACUAAUGUGUGAUUAUAUAAGCUUUCAACUUUCGUUACAAUAGAGCUAAAUGUGAUAACUAUAAAAAAAAUCAGAACUCUUCUUACGAGUAUGUAAUAUAUGAAGAAAGCCGUUGAGGAAUCAGUUAAAUGCGUAGCUAAAGCGUAGGUUAUCUAAAAUGGAUUUACAAAGACAGACCAAAUAUUUGAAAACUUCAUCCAUGGACCAAGUCCGUGAUUCAGGUAAAAAAACAUGGUAAACACUUUUAUUGCUCAUUCUGUUUUAUAGAAAUAAAAACAGACGAGGAACCGCCUUGUUGGCCUCCUUGUUGUUGUUGUUGAUGUUGUUGUCGGAGACGGCGUUAUCGGUUACUAUAAUAAAAUCUUUUAAUUACUUAUUACAACAGAAAACGUUUGACAUUUUUACUCAAAUGCAAAUUAGCGCCAUUGUAAACAAUUUAGUUCAUUUUUCAAAUAACUCAAUCAGGGCCAUGUAUUAAGUGCACUGUAUUUCGUUGAUAAGGCUACU